UGAAUGCAUGAUAUUUUAAUCUGUGUGCACUAUAAAUCAUUCCCUAAUGCAUUGUAAACAUUGAUAGGAGCCGAACGCGGUUGCACAAUUUAAUUACGUACUUUCGUGUACGUAAGUGUAAUCGAAUCGGUUGACAAAACUUAUGGGAUAAGAAAGAAUGCUGUGUGUUGUGUAAGUUUACUCUGUUCAACUCCUAUAAUUAUCUAUUAACAUGUAAAUACAAAUUAUACACUAAAUUAGCAAGUGAUUAGAAAUAAGAAAUUACAAGAUUAUAAUCGAGAUUAUUUUGCAUGGGGAUUUCUUUGAAAAAUUGCAUUAAUUCUAUAUCGUAUAAAAUAAAUAGAAAAUUAAAAUUGUUUAAAUAGACAAAUAAACGCCUGUUUAUAUUUCACUUCAACAAUUUCCAAAAAAAAAAUUUUGAAAGAUAUAUUGACCAAGUUGGACACAGUGAGAAAUUCAUGCUCUCAAAUGUUCGUAUGCUACAGUAGCAUGAAAAAACUAUUCAAAGUAUUCGCGCGCUUUAAUCAUCUAGGUGGCAGUGACGAUCGACGCAUAACCACUGCAUGGCAGACAGCACUCAGCAGUGCAUAUAAUACAGUUAAGUUCCUUCACGCUUAAGGUUAAGUUGUUAUACACGCAGCCGUAAUUCGUACUUGGUUUGGUGCGCCCAUGAUCUGACUUCUACAUCCACGUGCGAGUUUAUGACAGUCGUCGGUAGCGUUCAACUACCAACAUGUACAUGUGCUUUACAUUUUGACUGAUAGUGUAACUGACAGACUCUUUGAAAAACGAUUUUUUAUACAGUGAAUACAACAAACAGAACAUAUUUUUUAACCAUGUGUGUCGAGCAAGCACCACCGGCCAAAAAAAGAAAACUUGACGAGGAUCGAAAGAGUUUACCAGUUUUUAGGUUAAGGAAAAAAUUGCUGGCACAAAUUAAUAAAAACGAUACAUUAAUUGUUGUUGGAGAAACCGGUAGUGGAAAAACUACUCAAAUUCCACAAUUUCUCUUACAAGCUGGUUUAGCAAAAAAAAAGAUUGCCAUAACUCAACCAAGACGAGUUGCUGCUGUCAGUGUUGCUAGAAGGGUAGCUCAGGAGCUAAAUACUGAACCUGGAAAACUCGUUGGAUGGUCUGUUAGAUUUGAAGAUGUGACUUCUUCAGAAACUAGAAUCAAGUAUUUAACUGAUGGUAUGAUGAUGAGAGAAGCUAUGUCAAACAACCAACUAUCAGAAUACUCUGUAAUAAUCUUGGAUGAAGCCCAUGAAAGAUCAGUUCAAACUGAUGUAUUGCUUGGUGUUGUCAAAAGAGCACAAAAACUAAGAUUUGCCAAAAAAAUGCCACCAUUAAAAAUCAUAGUCAUGUCUGCUACUAUGGAUGUUGACAAAUUUACAACAUAUUUUCAAGCACCUGCAGUUUAUCUUGAAGGACGACAGCAUCCAGUAAAAAUAUUUCAUGCUAAAACAACUCAAGAUGAUUAUGCAUUUUCUGCUUUAGCAACCGUUUUUCAAGUACACAGAAACACUCCACCAAAUGAAGACAUACUGGUAUUUUUAACUGGUCAAGAAGAGAUUGAAGCUGCUGUUACAGCAGCAAAAAAAGCAGCUAAACAAUUAGAAGGAAAAGGUUAUCCUGGAUUGAAAAUAUUUCCCCUUUAUUCUGCACUGCCAACAUAUCAACAAUUAGAGGCAUUCAAGCCUUCCCAACCAGGAAUGAGAAAGAUUAUUUUUUCUACGAAUGUUGCAGAGACAUCUGUAACCAUAGGAGGAAUUCGAACUGUUAUUGAUACUGGUGUUGUAAAACAACGUACUCACAAUCCACACACAGGAUUUGAUGUAUUAAAAGUUGAAAAAGUUUCAAAAGCACAAGCUUUUCAAAGACUAGGUCGUGCUGGUCGGGAAGCACCAGGAGUAUGUUAUAGAACUUAUACUGAAUCAGAAUUUGAAAAGUUUAAAGAAAUGCCUAUUCCAGAAAUCCAAAGGAGCUCAUUAUCUGGCGUAGCUUUAUCACUUUUAGCAAUAAAAAUCGAUAUUACUAAAUUUAAUUUCAUGGAUAAACCACCUCAAGAAGCAAUAGAAAAUGCUAUGUUUUGUCUAGAAAAAUUAGGGGCUGUAUCUGGUACACCAUUUCAGUUAACCGAUCUUGGUAGAAAAAUGGCUCUAUUCCCAUUAGAUCCAAGAUUUACAAAAGUGAUAUUUGCUUCAGCUGAGCAGAACUGCUUGGAAGAAGCACUAUCUGUGAUAGCUCUUUUAUCUGGAGAAAAUGUUUUUGUUGAUCCCCCAUCAAAACGAGAAGAAGCUUUGAGAGCUCGGUCAAGAUUUGGAUCAGAUGAAGGUGACCAUGUUAUGCUACUCAAUGUAUAUAGAGGAUACUUGCAAGCAAAAAAUAAGAAGAACUAUUGUCAUGAAAACUUUUUACACCACAGAAAUCUUGAAUAUGCCCUUAAUGUAAGACAACAACUAGUCACUGUAACUGAACGUGCAAAGCUAGAAAUGAGCUCUUGUGGAAAAAAUACUGAAAAUCUCAGGAGAGCUCUUCUUGAAGGUUUGAGUGAUAAUUUGGCUGAGUUGCAGAGAGAUCAGACAUAUAUUUCGGUAACAACAAGACAACCAGUAGCCAUUCAUCCAUCAUCCAUACUCAAUGGAACAUAUCCUAAGUUAGUUUUAUAUACAGAAGUUGUUCUUACUGGAAAGUGUUAUAUCAGAGGUCUUUCAGUCAUAGAUCCUUCAUGGCUAGUAGAAAAAAGUGCAACAAAAAAGGCAAGGAGAGAGUAAUAAAUUAUGUCUACAUAAAAUGUACAUAUUUGCGUUUUUUAGUUUAGAAUUAAUUGUUAAUAAUUCAUUAGACUUCACAAUUUAUGAAUUAUUUCAUAUUUUUUCAAUAUUUGUACAUUUAUUCCUAUGUUAAGCUAUUUUCCUGUGAAUUAAUUGUACAGCAACAUGUUAAUAAAAAUUUAAAAUUUAAAAAUUAUUAAAAAUUAAUAAUAAAAA